AUGAAAGAUCCAUCGCAAAAAUCACAUUUUUAUAGGAAUACGUUAAAGGAAAUGCUUCCUUACAUUCCGAAGAAACUUUGGUUUCAACACGUUUGGCCGUGUUUGCAACAGGAAAUGAAAACUCAAGAAGUUUUAGCGGCGGUUCUCCAACCGAUCAUUUUUCUCGUACAGGAAACGACGUUGGAAGAAUACGAAACAAUCAUAUUGCCUUAUUUCAGAACGGUUUUUUCGAUACCGAAAUCGAUACAGGCGACGGUAACGCUUUUGGAAAAUCUUCACGUGAUUUUAGAAAAAACUCCAAGAGACGACAUAAGGUCGGAAGUGUUGCCAAUGUUGUAUAAUGCCUUCGAGAGCGCCACCAUUCAAGUUCAGAGUUCAGCUUUGGUGGCCGUGACCCACGUGUCGGAAUAUUUAGACGAAACAGCAAUUAAAAGAAUGGUUUUACCCAAAACAAAACUCGUUUACGAAAAAAAUUCAACGGAUAUAAAAAUCGUAUUGAACGUUCUUCUCUGCCUGGAAAAAUGUCUCAACAGACUGGACAGAACGAUGAUAAUCGAUGAAGUUCUUCCAUUGCUCUGGGAUGUACGACUCCAGGACCCAGAGAUAAUACUCAGGGUUGUAAGUAUAUACAGGCUCAUGUUGAGCGAUAAAAAAUACGGUCUUUCCGUUAAUUUAAUGGCAACACGUGUGAUGCCGUCGCUUCUCCCUCAAACAGUCAAUCCAUCAUUAAAUCUCGAUCAGUUUACGAUAUUGUUGGAAGUCUUACAAGAAAUGUUGGAUCACAUAGACAGGAAUCAAAGGAAUAAAUUAAAAUUGGAUAAUUUAUCGCUGCCGAGUCCGGAAAGGCACAGACCUUUGAGACAUCAAAUGAGUUCUGAUAACAUGCACGUUCCACCUUUCAACAUACCUAAUCUGAGAAUCGAACAUAGGAAAACAUCGAGCGCGGAAGACAUGGCAAGAAAAAAUUCGACAGGUAAGUUGUGUUUGUUUGUUUGCUUGUUUGUUUGUUUGCUACGUUUGUUUGUUUAUUACGACGCCGACGGUGUUAUUCGCGUUGUCGUUUUAUUUUAUUUACGAACAAACAUUUUUUUUCCUUUUUUUUUUUUGUUGUCGUCGGAUUCGAAUUACAAAAGUGAAUUUUUUUUCCGUUUUAAUUGUAACGUGAGAAUGUAUUAUUAUUAUUAUUAUUAUUAUUUUAUAAUCGUUUUUUUUUUACGUCGGACGAUUUCGUAUUUAGAUUUUUUCUAA